UCGAUUCCAGAAGCCAUUACGCUGCGCAAUACUGUUGGGACAAAAACGUACUAUUUUUACGUAUUCUACGCAAUUUCCCCCCCUCUCCAUCCGUCAAAUUUACAACGUUAUGGCAUCUCAGGCCAAAAAGAGAAAAACGAACUUCUCCGAGAGGGAGGUGGAGAUCAUCGUGGAGGAGAUGGAGAAGCAGAAGCAUAUUUUGGUGAAUCACUUUAACGCGGGCGUCACACACAUCGCCAAAAACAGCGCGUGGAUGGAGAUCCUGAAGCGCGUGAACGCCGUGAGCACCUGCCAGCGCGAGCUCGCCGAAGUCAAGAAGAAAUGGUCGGAUCUGAAGACGGAGGUGCGGCGGAAAGUGGCGCAGGCUCGAGCCGCCAUGGAGGGCACGGGCGACUGCACCACCGUGCCUGUGAUCCUGACCUCCAUGCAGCAGCGCAUCUGCAAUCUGCUGGGCGAAGCGACUAUCAUCAGCCUCCCGGCGGCGGACGCGGGAACGGAGAUCGCGGUGCCCAUCAGCUCCGCAGCCGCCGUCACUCUAACGCAAAGUAUUCAGCCGGCAACUGCAGCAGCGUGUGAGAUAAAAACUCUUGAAGCAGAGACGACGUAUCACACUCUGGAGGAGGGAAUGGUGGAGUACUGCACCACUGAGACACCAGUGACCGUAACAGCAGAGGCUCCGGUGGAGAUGCUGACCGCUCAGGCUGAAUGCUCCAAUAAACCGCAGGAACUGAAGAGCAGAAUCGCCCUCAACUCGGCCAAACUGCUGCAGGAGCACCGCGUCACCAACCUGCACGUGCGGGAGAUCGCACAACACCUUGAGAACCAGAACGACCUGCUGCAGAUGAUCCGGCGCUCGCAGGAGGCCCAAGCCUGCGCCCAGGAGAGACAGGCGCAGGCUCUGGAGGGCACGCAGGCUGCUCUGCUGGCCCUCAUUCAGAUGUUCAGACCCGCGCUCAAGGACUUGAGGAAGUUUCUGCAGAACGCCAACAGCACAAACACAGCAGCCGCCGCCACAGCAGCAGAGACGGGAGAUGGAGUGGAGAAUGUGCCGCCGCAGACAGAAGAAGGACAAUAGAGAAGAGUGAGUGAGUGAGUGUGUGUGCAUGUGCAUAUGCGUGUGCGUGUGUGUGUGUGUGUGUGUGUGUGUGUGUGUUGAUGCACUGCAAAAAAUGUGUUUCUUACUUCAUUUUUGUCUCACUCUCAAAACAAGACUUUUGCUGCUUGUUCAAACAGAAUUUAAGAUUUUUUUUGAGGGACCACUUCGUUAUUUUAUGUUUGAUCCACUUCAGUUUGUUAAUUGAAUUUAAUUGAUUUGUGUUGGAACAACAUGAAUGAAUUGUGUGGAACCCUGCACUUACUACAGUGCAUUUCUAGUUCA